AUGUCACAAAAGAUCAAUUCGAAAAACCUCUCGUACAACUCUUCCCUCCCGCCUUUUCUCGCCGCCCUCCGCGCUCAGACAUCUGGUGCUUCAGGUCCAGAUCCCAUCCUUUCGGCACAGCGUCGAGGAGCGAAGAAGAGAUCAAGUAGCGAGGAAGCAGAAGAUGCCCCGCUGGUUGUGGACGAAGAGGGGAACGCUGUUGAUGACCUGAAGACAGCGCAAAGCAAGACAAACAAGAGCGACCUUGAAACGGCCAAGGCUUCAAUAGGAGGGAGAAAACGCAAGGUCGGCAAGGUGAUUGGCGAAAACGCCGAAAACAGUGAGCCCGAGACUUCUGCGGCGGACAAGAAGAGCGAGCCAGUGAAGAAGGAUCAAAAGGAUGCUGAGCAACAGGCUACCAAUCGGAAGCCUAAGAAAAAGGCAAAGAAGAUUAAGCUGAGCUUUGACGAAGAAGAGGGCUAG